CAAAUUUAGAAAACCUUUCAUGGACCUUCCUCCACAAAUUAAAAAAGAAGCAAAAACCGGAAAAAAUCCCAACCACCGGCAGAAAGAAUGGAUGUCCCGGAGGGCGACGGCUUCAACUGGCUUUUCGAUCUGAGUAGGCUCGAUGACAUUCCCUUGUCCUGCGGGAACAAUCUUUUUCUAGACCCGCCCUUUCAGUGGCCUUCUAAUGCUUUGUCCCCUCCCGCCCCUCCCAGUGUUGGGCAUGAUCAGUCAUGUAGCAACUUUGAAGUUCUAAAGGAAUGCAACAGCAAAAAGAGGGCAAGAUCUGGGGCUUGUAGUGGAGCUGAUUCUAAAUCGCGAAAGGAGAAAAUGCGAAGGGAUAGGUUAAAUGACCAGUUCCUAGAGUUGAGUUCCGUAUUAGACCCUGGGAGGCCUCCCAAAACGGACAAAUCAGUCAUAUUGAGUGAUGCUGUUAGAGUGAUACAUCAGCUAAGGGAUGAAUCCCGGAAGCUGAAAGAGUCAUUUGAGAAUUUACAGGAGCAGGUUAUUGAUUUAAAGGCUGAGAAGAAUGAACUUAGGGAUGAGAAGCAAAAGCUAAAAACAGAGAGAGAGAAACUUGAGCAGCAACUGAAAGCUUCCAGCUCUCAUCCUGGGGUUUUGCCAUAUCCUCUUCCUACAGGCCAUCAAAUGGUUGGCAGCAAGAUGGUUCCUUUUGUUGCCUACCCUGGAAUUCAGAUGGUGCAUUUUGUGCCUUCUAUUCAUACAUCAAAAGGCGAUCCACCUCUCUCCCCAGUUGCUUAACUUCAAUAGGGUAUAUUUUUUAGAAUAAAUCAAGGGUAUUAUAGCCAUUUGUUCAUUUAUUUCUAGAUUUUGUUGAUAGUUACUAGUUUUUUUUAAUAAUAAUGUGUAUUUGAACAUUAGAGGUAUUUCACGUGGUAUUAAUGCAUUUUGACUAAAUAAAUGAUAAAAUUAUCGGCCUUUGAGCAAUUGCAUCGCAUGUGUUAUCCUUCUUA